AUGUCAAGGCAUUCAUCUAACUCUAUAGGUGGCUCAAGCCUCCGUGGCAGCAAAUUCAGUUCAGAUCGCUCAAGCUUUGAACUUUUACCUACAGUGAGAGACUCGUACAUUAGACACAUGACAGGCAGCUCAAGCGUCAGGAACAUUAAAAUAAACAUCCCACACGAAAAGGUCCCUUAUUGUCCAAAUUCAAUUCGAACUUCCAAAUAUACUGUUUUAACGUGAGCUCCCAAAUGUUUAUUCAUCCAAUUCAAGCGUGCAGCCAAUAUUUAUUUUCUAAUCAUUUCAAUCCUCACAGCAAUGCCUUUUUCUCCAAAAAACCCUUGGUCUAUGGGUGCAACUUUUGGAUGUGUCAUAUUUUUCACUAUUUUUAACAAUAAUAAAUCCCAUAUUUUUUAUAUAAAAUUAAUGCCUUAUCUAUAAUAAAUAUAAUUUUUCUAUUGAAAAGCUAUUAAUAGCGCUUAAUUUAAAUAGAAAUAUGUUAAAAGAAGCUUAUGAAGAUUAUAAAAGACAUAAACAGGAUGAAAAAAUCAAUAAUACUAUAACAAGAAGACUUAACUUUGAAACUGGGGAUUUUGAAGAAAUUAAAUGAUCAGAAGUAAAUGUUGGGGAUUUACUUGAAGUAAGGGACGGGGAAUCAUUUCCUGCUGAUAUGGUAUAUUUAUCCUCAUCUUAUGAGAAUGGAAUAGCUUAUGUAAAUACAAUGAAUCUUGAUGGGGAAACUAAUUUGAAAGAAAAAAUCGCAUUAGAAGGAACCAGAAAGCUAGUAAAAGAAGACUUGCAUGAUCUAAUCUGUCAUAUUUGUUGUGAGAACCCUACUAUAUCUUUAUUCAGAUGCAACUGCAACAUGCAGUGCAAAGGGGGAGACUGGAAACCCCUUACCCUGAACCAAAUUUUACUACGAGGUUGCUAUCUUAAGAAUACCAAAUAUAUAUUUGGUAUUGUUAUAUAUACAGGCUCAGAGUCAAAAAUAAUGCUAAACUCCAAAGAAGCCCCAUCAAAAAUCAGUAACGUGUUAAGGCGAAUGAAUAAAAUGCUUUACACAGUCUUCAUUUUCCAAGGUGCAAUUUGUAUAAUUUUUGCCAUAUCCUGCAUAAGUUGGGGCACAGCUAAUAUUGAAGACCACGAAUAUUUAGGCGUCGACUCCAAGCCUCAGGCUUCUGACUUUUUCUUACAAGCCUUGACCUUUUUAGUGGCAUAUUCUCAUUUGAUUCCGAUUUCUUUAUAUGUUGCUUUGGAAAUUGUAAAAUUAUCAAUGGCGUAUUUAAUUUCUCAAGAUUUAGACCUUUAUUAUGAGCCAGAAGAUAAACCUGCUGUCUCCAGGACAUCAGAUUUAAUCGAAGAACUAGGCCAAGUCGAGUUUAUUUUUAGUGACAAAACUGGGACUUUGACUUGUAAUGUGAUGGAAUUUAAAAAAUGCUCAAUUAAUGGAAUUGCUUAUGGGAACUCUGAGACUGGCUUAUGAGACUGCCAAAGGCUAAACCAUGUGCUAAAAGACUGCCCAGAGACAGAUUUUAAUAGAAUUGCAGCUGAAAAAUUUUUAUUGAUGCUGUCUAUUUGUCACACAGUUUUUCCUGCUGAACCUGAAAAUAAUGAAGAAACCCCUAAAUACCACGCUUCAUCUCCUGAUGAACUUGCCUUAGUUAGUGGUUGUGCUAAGCUUGGCUUUAUUCUUCAAAAUAAAACCAAUAACUUUUUGCAUAUAAAAGUAGGCAACUCUGUCCAAAAAUGGGAAAUUAUUGAAGAAAUUCCUUUUAAUUCUAAUAGAAAAAGGAUGUCAAUUAUAGUAAGAGAAACUGGAUCUAAACAAGUUUACUUGUUUUGCAAAGGAGCUGAUCAAGUUAUGAUACCAAGGGUAAGAAGAGACCAAUACAACCAAAGACUUGUACAGCAGCAUUUAGAUGAUUUCGCUAAAGAAGGGUUAAGAACACUUGUAACCUGCCAAAAACGUCUACUUUCCGCUUUAUAUAUGAGCACUUUUUUCAAUGCUAAAAAAGAAGUUAUUUUUUUAAAAAUUUUAUUUUUAGUACUAAUGUAAAGGAAAAUAUUUUUAUUUUUAAAAAUAUAUAUUUAGAAUGCAAGGGAUUUAAGUUUAAUAAAACUAAUUUCAUUAAAAAUCAGGAUUUUUCUAAUGGCUGCUUAUUCACUAAGGGAAGCUAGAAGCACUAGAACUACAAGAAUGGAUGAUCGCUUGGCGAGAAUUAAUGCUUUCUUCCACAUAUGACAAACAAGAAAAAAUGGACGCUUGUGCUGAAAAAAUAGAGCAGGAUUUAGAACUCUUAGGAGCCAGUGCAAUUGAAGACAAACUUCAAGAAGAAGUCCCUGAAACCUUACAUCUAUUAAUAGCAGCAGGCAUAAGAGUAUGGGUCCUUACCGGUGAUAAACAAGAAACUGCUAUUGAAAUCGGAAAAUCUUGUAAUUUAAUAAGACCUGACAUGAAGCUUUUACUUUUAUCGUCUGAUUCUCGAGACGCUUAUGUUGAAAAAAUUCAUUCUCUAGCAUCAGAGUUCAAGCUUAAUGAUAAAUCUGCAAAAGAAUUAAGGAAAAUUAAAAGUGACUUAUCAGAAAACAUAGCAUUAGUAAUAAAUGGCAUUACUUUGACAUGGGCACUUGAAGAAAACCAAGAUAUGAGGAAACUCUUUUUUUCGCUCGCCUAUAUUUCCGAAAGCUGUAUAUGUUGCAGAGUCUCCCCAGCCCAAAAAAUGCAAAUUGUACAGUUAGCAAAAGAAAAUGGGCCUUGGAUCACACUUGCCAUUGGAGAUGGUGCAAAUGAUGUAAGUAUGAUACAAGAAGCUCAUAUUGGUGUCGGAAUUGCAGGAAAAGAAGGAACACAAGCAGUUCAAGCUUCAGAUUAUGCGAUUUGUAGAUUUAAAAUGCUGAAAAAACUAGUUUUAGUGCAUGGGAGAUGAGGGUAUAGAAGAAUUUCGUUUUUCAUUUGCUAUUAUCCUAUAUAAUUAAACUAUUUUAGCUUGUAGAAUUAUUUUUAUUUUCUGACCUAUUUACAUUAAAAAAUAUAUUUUUAUAAAAAUAUUGCAGUGGUCUUCACUGAAAUUUGGUUCGCAAUUUUCAAUGGUUUUAGUGGCCAAAUAUAUUUUCUCGAAUGGUUGCCAAUGCUAUAUAACUCUCUCUGAACUAGUUGGCCAUGUGCUUUAACUUUUAUAUUUGAGCAAGACGCAAAUGCUAAAGAAUCAAUUGAGCAUCCUGAGCUAUAUGGCGCAGGACAAAAAGGGGUGUAUUUUACCUUUAAAGUGUUUUGGCUGUGGGUCUUUUAUGCUAUGUGGCAAGGUAUGACGUGUUUUUGGAUCCCUAUGUAUGGGUCAUAUUAUGCAGCGAGUUCUGAUGGAGAACAGCAAGGACUAUGAUGAAUUUCGACGUUGUCUUUUACCCUUGUGAUCCAUUUGGUCACAUAUAAAUUGUUUUUGGAGUCCCAGUAUUGAAAUAUACUGACUAUUUCUUUUUCUCUGGGGAGUAUUGUAUUUUACUACUUAACUGUUAUAGUUUUAAAUACAACUGCUGUUUCUCGAGCUUUUCAGCCAGAAAUCACAUAUGUUUUCUUCAAUAUCCUUGGGAAUGGAAAAGCUUGAAUAAUUUUAUUUUUGUCUCCAUUAAUUGCCCUGACCCCUGACUAUGUCGUAAAAGCUUAUAUGUAUUUAUUCAACCCGAACCCAACUGAUGUAUUUCUUGCACAGCGACGUAAAAGAAAAACCCUUCCUGCAAUUGUACCAGUGAACUCUAAAAUGCUAGAAGAUAGCAAUAUAGCAGAAAGCAGCAAUAUUGCUGACGGCUCAGACAGGAAAUUCCAGACUUUUGGCCCAGAAUCGUAA